AUGCCAGUCGGACCCAGCGAAGAAGAAAGUCCCCGAGAAAUAAAAGACAAUGAAACCAACCCGUACAUCUCCAGCAUAGCCCUGUACAACCUUUCCCGAGCGCAUACUCUCCUCGCCUCCCUCGCCGCCAAGCCCAAAUGGACCAACGCCGACACCUCCUCCGUCGACUGCAUGCACUAUGACGGCGACACCGCCCUCGAACACUGCGCCUCUCAGCUCGAUCUACAGCCGAACCAGCACGUCCUAGACAUCGGAUCAGGCUUCAGCGCCACGGGCCGCUUCCUCGCGUCCAAGUACGGCGCACAUGUGACUGGGAUCGAACUGCAGCGCGAGAACCACGAGCUCGCUCAACGCAUCACCGUGCGGAAUGUCGACCCACGCGUCGUGGAGAGGGUACGGAGUGUGAAUGCGGACUUCCUGCGCCUUACGCCGGAGAGUCUCGUUGUGGUCGGCAGUGAUGGAAAACCAUCGUCUGCACGGUUUGACCAUGUAGUGUCUUUGAUGUGCAUAAUGCACAUACCCGAAUCGGCUCGAUCGGCUGUGUUCCGACAAGCCGCGCGGUUUCUGAAAGCUGGGGGGAAGAUGUACAUUGAGGAUUUGUACGACAAGUCCUGCCAGAGAGAUGCAGUAUCGCAUCUCACUGAAAGGGAGUUGCAUCAGUUGCGAGAGAUCGUGGCAUGUCCUUACCUUCCCUCUGCCUCGAGAUAUGUUGCCGAUGUAGCAGCCGCGGGCUUUGAUGGGGUCGCGUUCGAAGAUGUCUCGGAGAAGUGGACAGGAUUGGUGCGCGCGCGCACGGAGAACUACAGGGGCUCUGAAAAGCCCAACGCGGACCUACAGAAUUUUUAUGAUACCAUUGCCGAGGUAUUUGAAGGGGGUAGUGUCGGUGGGGAAAAGCUCGAGAGCGAUCCUAGUCACAUCAAGAAUGCCUAUGGACAACCGCCUCUACAUCUGGAAGUGCAUGACAAUUUCCCCAGUCCAGACAUGGUACGAUUGCUCUUACACUACAGUGCAUCUCCGAACCAAGAACAAACCGGUACCACGCCGUGGAGCAAACUCCUCUAUGUUAUCCAGCUCGUUGAACCGGAGUCAAAGGGUGGGAGUGGUGACUGGGCUGAACUCAUAGAUGUAAUGGUUGGUGCCGACGCUAAUACAGAUCCCAAUCCCUUUGGUAGGGAGGAUGCAACAAUAGCAACUUCGAAAAGGUUUUGUACGCCGAGCGAUGUGGCUCGCUGCUACGACAGCUGA